ACUUUUAGUUCCCCCCUCCUUAUCUUCCUCUAUAGAAAUGACUGACUCCUCUUUGGUCUGUUAAAUCAGCACCUUUUUGCUCGCCGAAUGCGUACAAAUUUGCCCUCGAAGCGUGAUUCCAUGGGGAAUUUGGUGAGAUGUCUACAUUAAAGUUGGCGUCUGGCGGAAAAAGUAAGCGAAAGUGAACGUGUGACGUGGGUCGCCUCCGUGUGUGUCCACGUAAAAUAAGGGAACAUGGGGAAGAAAAAAGCGAAGGACAGGAGCUCCAGAGAGGAUGAUGAGUUUGAAAUGACAGGUCCAGUUUGCAAGCACAUUAGGAAAGGCACAGACCAGACUCUUCUCAGGAAGAUCUCUGACGUAUUUGACGGGACACGUUGCCAGGACUGCAAAAAUGAGGACAAUAAAGAGAACAGAAGCACUGACCCUUCUGGCGACUCUGAGGAUGAAAAUGACUUGGUGGUGGAAGUGUGGAUGUGCAUGAAAUGUGGCCACAGAGGAUGUGGACGAAGCUCAGAGAACCAACACGCCAUCAAACACUACGAAACGCCGCGGUCAGAUACUCAUUGCCUGGUGAUCAGCUUGGACAGCUGGAGUGUUUGGUGCUACGAGUGCGACGAUGAGGUGCGGUACUCUGCAAGCAGUCAGUUGGCUCAGCUGGUGAGCAACAUCAAAAAGAAGAUGCAGCUGGAGUCUGUACAGAAAACAGAGAGAAAAAACGACGUGUUGGAGGUGCGACCGAAAAGCGUCACUUUCAAGACAGAAGAAGAUGAAGACAAGGAGAACGUCAGGAACCGCAGCUGCGAGAGGAGGACCACCAGGAAAGUGUCUGUGUGCAAGUCGCCAAACUCCAGCAGCUCAACGGAAGACAACAGCGGCGUUCCCGUCCGGGGGCUCAGCAACCUGGGCAAUACUUGUUUCUUUAACGCCGUCAUCCAGAACCUCUCUCAGACGCAGAUGUUAAGACAGACCCUGAACAAGGUGAUAGAAGACAAGACCAGCCUCAGUGUCAAACCAGCUUCCUCCUCCACACUGGAGGCCAUUGUGGCCGAAUUGGAUCGGCCCGGCUCGCUAACGAUGGCGAUGAAUCAGCUCCUCAACGAAAUCCAAGAGUCAAAGAAAGGCGUGGUGACACCACUGGAGCUGUUUGCGCAAGUUUGUAAAAAGGCUGCGAGGUUCAAAGGAUUUCAGCAGCAAGACAGCCAGGAGCUGCUGCGCUACCUCCUCGACGGCAUGAGGGCGGAGGAGAGCAAAAGGGUGAGCUCUGCAAUCACGGAGACACUGAAACGAUCGGGAAAAGUCACAGAUGCAGAGGAGCUCAAAUCCGUCGUUAAAGAGUAUGAGAAAAACGGGCUACCUCAAAAUUUUGUGGACCAGGUGUUUGGCGGAGAGAUGACCAGCACGAUCAUGUGUCAGCAGUGUAAAACGGUGUCUGUGGUCACCGAGAUGUUUUUGGACCUUUCUCUUCCAGUUUCUGAUCAGGCAUACAGGAAGAAGACCCAGAAAAGAACAGUACGGAAAAGCAGCGAAGCCAGUGAGGACGGCCCGGAAAGUCAGGGCGAAGAUGUUCCCGCGGGUAGCAAGUACCAGCAGAAGAAAGCCAAGAAGCAGGCCAAGAAACAAGCCAAGCAUCAAAAGAGGCAGCAGAAGCUGGAGAGCCGAGUCAGUUUCAACAGUCUCGCGUCUCUGAAUCAAGCGAAAGAUCUCGCAGAAGACGUUGAAAAGCGGGAAGGGGAAUCCGCGCAAACCGGACAAAACCCGCCUAGCAUCGACGCGGUCCAACCUGACAAGGACGACGACAAAGGCGACUCUGUCAACAACUCUCAUUCGGAAUCCUCCUGCAACCGCUUCACCGCCUCACCGGAAGCACGCUGCUCCAGCGACGGUUUCUUGGACGACGACGACGACUUUUUGCUGGCCAGCGAGAUGGAGAAAAUCAACUUGAACGACGCCUUCAUCGAGUCGGACUUGGUGGAAACAUGCCCGGAGAGCGAGGACGACGGGCCGGCGGGGGAUGAGGCCAAGGAAUACGUGGUGGUCAACCAGGACCCGGAGCUGGCCUUCCAGACUUUGGCCCGCAGGCCUUCGCCCGACAAUCAGGAGUGCUCGGUGGAGUCGUGUCUGUUUCACUUCACGGAGGAGGAGAUCCUCAGCGAGAAUAACAGCCUGCUAUGCAUCUGCUGCACGAAACGGCAGGCAAACAAGGACAAGUCUGCGGGAUCUAAGAAGAACGUUUACACGGAGGCUUCCAAGCAAAUGCUGAUCUCCUCUCCGCCACCGGUGCUCACGCUUCACCUGAAGAGAUUUCAGCAGAACGGCUACGGUAUUUGUAAAGUGAACCGACACGUACCCUUCCCCCUGAUACUGGAUCUCGCCCCCUUUUGUGCCCUCAAGAGUAAGAACGUGGUAGAAGGUGAACGUCAGAUUCUCUACAGCCUGUACGGUAUCGUGGAGCACAGCGGCACCAUGAGGUCCGGUCACUACACAGCGUUUGUGAAAGUGCGACCCAAAAGCUCCAAAUUGUCCUCCAGCAGGCUUGAAGGAGAGCCACCCCAAGGAUCGUGGUUCCACAUCAGCGACACCAGCGUGCAGCCCGUGAGCGAGAGCAGAGUGCAGAGUAGCCAAGCCUACCUCCUGUUCUACGAGAGGAUCCGCUAAGAAUCGUCAAAUCUGUGCCUCUAAUGCCCUCCCGCUGCUCAAGCUCCACCGUACAGAAUUUCUCUGUGUCACUGACUUGACGGUGACUUCUCAUAAGGACAUUUAGCGCUGAUGUUUUACAGCUGUUUUGUUUCUCAGACUCAUGGGAAUGUGUCGAGGUGUGCAAACAUAAGGUCCGAACGUUUAUUAAAAAAAAAAGAUUUGGACAAAAACUCAGUAAUUCCAUAUAGUGGGCGAUGGUGGUGGAA